AUGUCCUCAGCAAUGUACUGCAGGUUCGCUGACCCCAAUCUGUGUCUAGGAGAAGUAUUCAGGUCCUCCGAUGUGGUAUUGACGCCAUGCGACCGCUACACCACGUUUUGCUGCGGCCAAAACGAAGCAGCACGAAACUGCUGCAAUACAGAAAAUGGAACCGUCAAUGUCAUCGCGGGAGCGGCUAUCUUUCCUCCCGCGGAAUCGACCACAGAUCCCACUUCAACGGCGACCUCUAGCCCUACGAUCUUGCCCCAGGACUGUCAAUCAAGCAACUGCCAGCCGCCGAAGAUCGCAGCAAUCGUCCUUGGAGCAGCAUUCGGCUGCGUGUCUGUCCUCGCUGGGUAUCUAUGGUACAGGAGACGCCAGGUAUUCGAGUGA